AGAAAGCGAGAGAAAAGGUUAAGAAAGCGCAGCGAAAUCGACCAAUCGCCUUGGAAAUUGCAACACCCUCUAUCUUCUUUGGUCGUUGAGGCUGUGGUGGUGCUCAAGCUUGGGUACUCAACACACAGAGUGCUGAAAGGGUCCUAACAUGGCUACGUGCAAUAUGGCAUCUGCGGCCACUGCGUUCGCGCUGGGCUCGAGCCUCACCUCUUCCUCCUCUUCAUCAUCUCGCACCUCCUUGCACUUCACCCGGAGGAGCGCCAACCAUCGAAAACUAGUGGUUAGAGCUCAGGAAGGCGACGCCCCAGCCAAGCCAGCCACUGCUGAGGGAGAGGCGGUUGCUGCCAAGCCACCUCCUCCGCCACCGAUUGGCCCUAAGCGCGGGACAAAGGUCAAGAUCCUAAGGAGGGAGUCUUACUGGUACAACGGCGUCGGGUCCGUGGUGGCCGUUGAUCAGGAUCCCAACUCCCGCUAUCCAGUGGUUGUACGGUUCAACAAGGUGAACUAUGCCAACGUCUCAACCAAUAACUAUGCACUGGACGAGAUUCAAGAGGUCAAGUGAAGCAAUGAUACAUGAGUACAUGGACUGGUUUUGCGAGAAUAGCUAAGAAGAAAUGUUUCAUCAUUUUGUAUUAUAUGCUUCACUUUACCUCCCAUUGUUGUAGCUUCAUUCCCCUACUCUCUUCCUAUUGAUCGCCAAGUAAGGUUGCCAACAAGUUGUAUCGCAUGUGUGAUGAACGGUUCUAAUUUAUAUGUUGUCGCAUAGGAGGCAAGCAGGACAGCUGCGACACUUCUUCA